AUGAAUAAGGGUGUUUCAUAUUUCCAGUUUAGAAGAGGCGUGGUGGAUAAGGACCUUCGGCACUACCUCAACCUGCGCUUCUCCAAGGGCUCCGUGGACCACGGCCACCAGCAAAUUAUCAGAGACAACCUCUACCUCCGCACCGUGCCUUGUACCACCCGGCAACCGAAGGAGGGAGAGGUGCCGGGGGUGGACUAUAACUUUGUGAGCGCGGAGCGCUUUAUGGAACUGGAGCAAAGUGGAGUCCUGCUAGAGAGUGGAACCUAUGAAGAGAACUUAUACGGUACUCCCAAGCCCCCAGCUGAGCCAAGUCCGGCAGCCCCUCCACUGAAUGUGAGUGAGGCGCUGCUGCCCGGAGCACGGCCCAGCACCCACGGCAAGAGGAAGAGGAACCGGUCGGUCAGAAACAUGGAGCAGCAAGCCAGCCUGGAGCCACCCGAGGAAGAGGAGGAGGAAAGCAGCCCCACCGUGGUCAAUGGGAAUGGGGUGGCCAUCACGCCAGAGACAAGCGAGCAUGAGGACAAGAGCACAGACGGGUCGGGGGAGCUUUCUGUGGUGGAGGCCCCCACACUGCCCCCUCCCACCACUGAGCCCCCCACAGAGGGAGAGGAGCCCCCUGAGGGGGACUCCCCCAAAUCACCCCCAAAACUCCCCGAGGGGGAUGAGGAGGAACUGGGACCCCUACCUGACAACUGGGAGAUGGCCUACACAGAGAAAGGAGAGGUCUACUUCAUAGAUCACAACACCAAAACCACAUCAUGGCUGGAUCCUCGGCUGGCCAAGAAGGCCAAACCACCUGAGGAGUGCAAAGAGGACGAGCUGCCAUAUGGCUGGGAGAAGAUCGAUGACCCUAUCUAUGGCCGUUACUACGUGGACCACAUCAACAGAAGGACCCAGUUUGAGAACCCCGUUCUGGAGGCCAAGAGACGACAGGAGCAGCAGCAGCAGAUGCAGAGCCAGGGACUGUCAGCUCUGCCCUUACCUACUAUGUACAGAGAGAAGCCCUCGUUCACGCGGGACCCCACCCAGCUGAAGGGCUCCUUCUUGUCAACGGCUCUCCAGAAGAGCAACAUGGGCUUUGGCUUCACCAUCAUCGGAGGGGAUGAGCCAGAUGAGUUCCUGCAGGUCAAGAGUGUCAUACCUGAGGGCCCAGCCGCACAGGAUGGGAAGAUGGACACAGGUGACGUCAUAGUCUACAUCAAUGACAUCUGUUGCCUGGGAACAACGCACGCCGACGUGGUCAAACUCUUCCAGUCCGUUCCCAUCAGCCAGAGCGUCACCCUGGUCCUCUGCCGGGGAUACCCCCUGCCAUUUGACCCCGAGGACCCUAUCGGUGCGUCGUCCACAGGCGCCUCCCUGACCCCUAUGGGCCUGGAACACCGACCCCUGGUGGUGAAUGGGCGUAGUAGCUACGACCCUUACCUGGAGUACCUCUCCCUGAGCUCCCAGCUCCCUCCCCAGGCUCUAGCCCAGCCCGGGGCACACCACCUUGAUGGGUCCUCGCUACCUCCCACCACCCCCCGGUCCGCACCGGCCAUGACGCCGCACGACGACAACGUCUCCAUGGCAUCGUUGGGGGCGACGGGGAUCGCCGGGGGCGUGAUCCAAGGGGCAGAGCUGCUGACGGUAACCAUGGUGAAGGGGGCAGAGGGGUUCGGAUUCACCAUCGCCGACAGCUCCACGGGGCAGUGUGUCAAACAGGUGUUGGAGCCGGGUGUGCUGGGCAGAGUGGGUCUGAGUGAAGGAGACCUGAUCCUGGAGGUGAACCAGCAGGGUGUGGUGGGGGCAGGACAUGGCCGUGUGGUGGAGCUGCUCAAAGAGUGUUCUGUCGGGGCCGAGGCCACGCUACUCAUACAGAGAGGAGGAGGGGCAGGUCAGCUUUCUCCAUGGAAGACCUCCAAACAGCUACCAGAGCAGUGGGACCCCCACGGUAGUCCCCAGACCAGCCUGUCAGCCCCAGUGCUUCCCCCAGGCACACCCUUCCCUACCCAGCCACAGCACAGCCCCUCGGUCCUUGACGCUACAGAGGGCUUCGACCUCAACAAGCCCGACCCAUACGACCUCUAUGAGAAGUCCAGGGCCAUCUACGAGAGUAGGCGUCCAGAGUACCAGGAGGUGGAGGUGCACCUGUUGAGGGAGAAGACUGGGUUUGGCUUCCGCAUCCUGGGGGGAGACGAGGCCGUGCAGGCUGUGAGUCCGGACGCCCGUGACAAGAUUGUGAUCGGGGCGAUCAUAGAGAACACUCCUGCAGAACGCGACGGAAGACUUCGACCCGGGGACGAGCUCAUGUCCGUGGAUAAGAUGGUGGUUGCUGGGAAACCACACAGAUAUGUGAUCGACCUGAUGCAUGCUGCCGCUCGUAAUGGCCAGGUCAGCCUGACGGUCCGGAGGAGAGUCCACUUCCCCCGUGAGGUGUUAGGGAUGAACGGCCAUAGCCCUGGCUCCGUGUCCACGCAGCACAGCUCCCCACACAGCGACGCCGCCUCAGCUUCCUGUCCUGUCACCCCCGACAACGUCCCGCCGCCAUCCGCCACCUCCCCCAUGGAGGGCGCCAUCCCCCUGCAGACCAGUGAUGUCGUCAUCCACCGCAAGGAGAACGAAGGCUUCGGCUUCGUCAUCAUCAGCUCGCUGAACCGACCGGAGAAUGCCGCCGUCAUCACUGUGCCCCAUAAGAUUGGGCGUAUCAUCGAGAGCAGCCCGGCAGACCGCUGCGGCCGCCUGAAGGUGGGCGACCGUAUCCUGGCUGUCAAUGGGCAGUCCAUCAUCAGCAUGCCCCACGCUGACAUCGUCAAGCUCAUCAAAGACGCCGGUCUCACCGUCACCCUGCACAUCAUACCGGAGGAAAAUCCCCACUCAGGGCCGAACUCAGAGAAGCAGAGCCCCAUGACCCAGAAACACAGCCCCCAGGCACAGCCCAGCCCCGUAGCCACCGAGCCCAGCCAAGGAGCCUCCCAGGCAGGCCUAGCACAACCACCAGCCCAGCCAGGCCAAGUACCAGCAGUAGCCACCCAGCCUACCCCAGGAUCAGCCGCCCAGCCCAGCCCGCCAGGGGCCCAGCAGAGUCCAGUCGCCCAGCCGCCCGGUCACCCUCCCCCACUCUACCUCCACGACGGAAGGUCAGAGGUGAAAGCCAGGCAGGACGUGAAACCAGACAUCCGCCAGCCUCCGUUCACCGACUACCGGCAGCCCCCCGUUGACUACCGGCACCCUCCAGUGGCUGAUUACCGGCAGCCACCCACGCUGGACUACCGGCACCCUCCUCCCCUCAUCGACUACAGACAGCACUCGACAACACUCGCUGCACAGUUCCCUCUGGCACAGUUUCCCCCAGACUUCAGACCACAGGACUUUGACUACUUCACAGUAGAGCUGGAGAAGAGUGUGAAGGGUUUUGGCUUCAGUAUCCGUGGGGGGCGGGAGUACAAGAUGGAUCUGUUUGUGCUGCGGCUCGCCGAGGACGGGCCGGCCAUCCGCAAUGGCAGAAUGAGGGUGGGGGAUCAAAUCAUUGAGAUAAAUGGGGACAGUACCCGAGACAUGACUCACGCCCGGGCCAUCGAGCUGAUCAAGGCGGGGGGGAGGCGGGUGAGACUGCUGCUGAAGAGAGGCACGGGACAGGUGCCUGAGUAUGACAGUGCCUCCCCCUGGGAUGCCCUUCCUCCAGACCUCUCUGCCCUGCAGGAAGUGAGCCUUGACCCCCUGCAGCCGCCCACCUCAUCUUUCUCAUCCCAUCCAGCCUCCACCCCAGACUCCCCCCACCAGCUCCCUCUAGAGGCCACACUGCGUACGGCUCCAGACCCCAACACCACGAAAGGGGCUUCAGGUGGCAGGUCCACCCAGCCCAGGUGCACCGUCCGUGGACAAGGAACACCGCAGAGGCCUGAGGAGGUGGAGGGGGGACCCCGAGAGCCCCAACCUCCGCCGCGGCCCCCCAAAGCUAGAUGGAGAUCCGCGGAGAGGAGGGAGAGCAGCAGCACACACCCACGCAGGAUCCAAAUGCCACCGCAUGGCCCUGGGACUCUUCCUACCUGUGUGUGAGUCUGAACGGAGGCAGUUAGGACCGUGGGGAGGGACGCAAGAACCUCAAGGAGGGGCCUGAGCUGAGAGGUCUGCAGGCAAGGGACAAGGAAGGGCUCCCUGGCCACGGCGGGCUCUGCUGGACGGCCCUGCAGGCAGGAGUGCAGCUGACUUCCUAGGGCCCUGGAACCCACCUGGGGCUGACAGACUGCCAGGCAUCCUGAGGUCCUGGACCUACACUGUCUGCAGGGAAAAUGAAUCCGAAUAAGACUGGUUUACAUUGGAUCAGACUGGAUUCUGACUGGGUUGGACUGGCUGGCUGUACAUAGGCUCCCAAAUCCAACCUACCACUCACACCAUCAGAUGCCAGAGGGAUCUUUUAUUCUCUCUCUCGCUCUUUGAAAUCAAAAAGCCGUUUUCUUCUUGUCGUUCCCUCUUUCAAGAUGGUUAUACAGAUCACCUUCAAAACCGAAGGACAUAUUACAGCUGGUGUGUGUGUAAACAUAAAGAGGACUCGCUCAACUCAACGCUUUAGUCCAGGUGGUCAUUUUGAAACCUGAUGAUACAAAUCCCUUUGCUAUCCCGCUAGGCUCUUUGGGUCUGGGCCAAGGUGAGCCAUCGACAUGUUCCUAGUUUAACCAGUCAACCCUAUCAGACCUAAAAUGGAUGGUCAGUUUCAACCACUGAUGGGAUGACACUUAUAUAAAGAGAGAGCGGAAUAUUGAGGUGGUUUGCCUAUCGUUUAACUUUCUGUGCAAUGGAGAGAAAUAUGAGAUUACAGAACUGAUGGAGGGAGGGAUGUUAAUUUAAAAUGCUCCUGAAAUGUGAACCCUUUUUGGACAUGGCACUAACAUGACAGACAGAGCUCUGUCGACGAGGCAUCAUACAUGCCUAUUGAUAUAUCAUAUAUACUGUAAAUGUACAAAUGGGAAAAAUAUGUAAAUUUGUUCAUCUCCCAAAAAUAUGCCUAGUGGUGUUUUUUAUGCAUUGUUGUAGUUAGAUACAUUUUAGAUGAAAAUAAAAAAACUGAUAUCGGGACCAUAUUUCAAGAAUCA